AUGUUGAAAUUCAGAGUGGGGUAUGAUUGGGUGCCUCAUUUCCAACUGAAAUCCCUCAGCAUUGUAUCUGUCGAAAUCGGAGGUCCAUUUCCAGAAUGGCUUCAGACCCAAAAAGCGCUUGCUGAGUUAGAUUUAUCAAAUUGUAGCAUUAAAGGGACUCUGCCACAAUGGCUUCAUUCCAUGAAUCUAACUCACUUAAUACUAUUCCAAAACCAGAUUGAUGGACCAAUCCCAGAGCUUGCUUCCAGUUUGAAAUACUUGGAUCUUUCAUAUAACAUGGUAAACGGUUCGAUACCUGAUUCAUUGUGCCAAAUGAAAUCUCUGGUAGUUGUUGAGAUAUCCAUGAACCAAUUAUCAGGCAAUCUCCCAAACUGUUGGUCGAGCUUGAAUUCAUUGUACGUUGCUAAGAUGUCAUCUAAUCGGCUCUCAGGACCCAUUCCUGACUCCAUUGGGGGAGCUUACGCGAGAAAAUAUGUUAUCUGGGAAUUUGCCACUCAAUGGAUAGGAAGUCAUCUGCUUGCUUUGGCGGUUCUUAGGCUAAGGAGUGAUAGAUUUUAUGGUGCCAUUCCAUCUGGAUAUUGUGAUCUGUACGAACUCAAAGUGAUGGACCUUUCACACAAUGACUUGACUGGAAACAACCCAUCCUGCUUAGGCAAGUUAUUAGGAAUGAUCAAGGGUGACACAAUCUCUGCGGGAUAUUCCAACUGGUCGCGCGAGCGUUUGGCUUUUGUGUUGAAAGGACGGAUGUUGGAGUUCAUGAAGUUAUCAACGUACUUGGUCCUUUUGGAUCUUUCAAGUAAUUAUCUUGUUGGAGAAAUACCUUCAGACCUUACAAAAUUGGCUGGCUUACUUGCCCUUACAAAAUUUGUGUAGCUGCAUGUGACAUUUACUCCUAUUUUUAUGCAAAGUGUGAGGCUUUUUAAAAAAGAACAAUACUUGUUGUUAUAAAUUUGCACGUUGAGUGUUUAUAGAAAAUAAUAUUGCUCAGCAGCAGGGAUUGAGAUUAGAGAUGAUUGGUGAUUUUUGUCUCUCCCUUAUGGAUUCUCAUCUCAACUGAGUAACGUCAUUAUAUCCAAGGCAAAACAGAAAACUUGAGCUUGUAAAUUGAUCUAUUUGUGGAG